AUUUCUGGCUUGUUUCUCCUGCAGAUGCCGGCGUUCCUGUGGUUCUUCCUGACCUUCCUGCUUGGAGCUGGUGCUGCUCCGGCUGAAGAUGAAAUUACCUUCCUUCCUGGUCUCCAGAAGCAGCCGAGCUUCAAGCAGUAUUCUGGCUAUCUGAACCUGCCUGAUGGGAAACACCUUCACUAUUGGUUUGUGGAGUCCCAGAACAAACCAUCGUCCGACCCAGUGGUCCUGUGGCUGAACGGCGGUCCUGGCUGUAGCUCCUUGGAUGGACUGCUCACUGAACAUGGACCGUUCCUGAUCCAGGAUGACGGAGUGACGCUGCAGUACAACCCCUACUCUUGGAAUAAGAUUGCCAACAUGUUGUACCUGGAGUCUCCAGUUGGUGUCGGUUUCUCGUAUUCUGACGAUAAGAAAUACGCAACCAACGACAGUGAGGUGUCCAUGAACAACUACCUGGCUCUGAAGGAGUUCUUCCGGCUGUUUCCAGAGUUCAACAACAGGGAACUCUUCCUGACUGGAGAAAGUUACGGAGGGAUCUACAUCCCCACGCUCGCUGAGAGGGUGAUGGAGGACUCCAGCCUGAACCUGCAGGGUAUUGCCGUUGGAAACGGGUUGGCAAGCUACGAACUUAACGAUAACUCCCUGGUGUACUUUGCCUACUAUCACGGCCUGCUGGGCAGCAAGCUGUGGGCGGACCUUCAGAUGUUCUGCUGCAGCAGCGGGAAAUGUGACUUCUAUAACAGCAAGAACCCCAACUGCACCGAAAGCCUGGCAGACGUCACAGAAAUCGUCUACAGUUCAGGACUCAACAUUUACAACCUGUACGCUCCCUGUGCUGGUGGAGUCCCUCAUAGACUCAGUGUGGAAAGCGGACAGCUGGUGAUCCGAGAUCUGGGGAACAACUUCAUCAACCAUCAGUGGACUCGGCAAUGGAACCAGAAGUUACUUGGUCUGGCAUCUCUGCACCUCUCCGUCCGUCUGGACCCACCAUGCACCAACUCCACCCCUUCCAGCCUCUACCUGAACAACCAAUAUGUGCGGAAAGCUCUGCACAUCAGCCCAGAUGCACUGGAUUGGGCUGUCUGCAGUUCCGAAGUAAACUUGAAUUAUGGGCGGCUCUACAUGGAUGUUAAGAAGCAGUACCUGAAACUUCUUUCAGCUCUGAAGUACCGGAUCCUGGUAUACAACGGAGAUGUGGACAUGGCCUGUAACUUCAUGGGUGAUGAGUGGUUUGUGGAGUCUCUGCAGCAGCAGGUGGAGGUCCAGAGGCGUCCAUGGAUCUAUGAAGGUCAAGAUGGUCGUCAGAUUGGAGGCUUCGUCAAAGAAUUUAGCAACCUGGCCUUCCUCACUGUAAAGGGUUCUGGUCACAUGGUUCCAUCGGAUAAACCUGUUGCUGCCUUCGCCAUGUUCACGAGGUUCAUCAAGAAGCAGCCGUACUGACCGGAGCACCGUUUGCACUUUCUCAGCUGACAAACUCUCAGGAUGUUGUCUUUGUUUUUUUUUUUAAAUGUUUUUUCUUUUUACAUGACUGCCAGCCAAUCAGAAUGGCUCUCUGUAAAGUGUCUAUAGAAAAUUAACUAAUCAAGCAGCUCCUGUGUUAGCUCCACCCAUAUCACCAUGGAAACGAGCACUGCCUGUUGAUUUAAUGAGUGUUGAAUGCAGGUUCAAAAGAAA